CAUUUGGAAGCUUAGGAGCCCAUUUACAACUUGAAAUUUUUCUAAGGCUGUAUUUUGUCAAGAUUUAAUGACUAAUACAUAUUCUUUAUUUAAAUAGGAAAAUUUUAAAGCAUGGCUGGUGCAGGACGUCUGCCAAGAGAUUUUUUUAAAUUACAACGAAACCUGGAAUAUAUAUCUGAUGGUCAAGCUGAAAUACAUUCGUACGACGAGAAUUUUAAGUUUAUCAAGUUGAAAAUUGUGAUGAAAGACGGCCCGUAUGAAGGAAUAGCAAAUGUUUUUAGGCUUUCCGACCUCGCCAAUUAUCCCGAAUGUCCACCAGAGCUAUAUUGUGAAACACCUAUUUUUCAUCCAAAUAUUAGCCCUCCCGAUGGAGAAAUAUGUUUAAAUUUACUGGAUUUUUGGAACUUGGGAUCACAAAAUUUUGAAGCCGUUGUACAAGGUCUUAUAUUCCUUCUUCGAGAACCUAAUAUGAAUGAUCCAUCUUGGGGUAAUUUCGAUAUUAUCAACUUAGAUGGAAGUAGUUUUCACAAAUUUAUCGAAAGAUUGAAAGGAGGUGAUUUUAGUGUUUUUCAAGAAAUAUACGAUGAAAGGAGACUUUUAUGGACUCAAUGGCAAGCACAUAAUCCUGCAUUAGACGGUAGUGAAAGUUUUUGUAGUGACGAAAGAUCUGUUACCUCAGAUACUGACUAUAACUCUAUUUGUUCUCUCCACGAAUCUGAUUUUAGUGAUGUGUCAUAUUUGGAUCUAACCGAUGAUUUUAAAGAUUGCGAAGAUGUUAAAAAUCAUACUGAGGAAGGUCAAUGUGAAACCAUAGCACCUUCGAAAUCCUUCAAAGGAGCUAAGACACCGGCUCUAGUUAGAGUAGGAAGAUUUUUCUCAAGAUCAUUUAGAAGGUUAUCUAGAACUUUUUCAAGGCAUUAGCUCUAUAUAUGUACAUAUAUACAAGUGCAAAUAUAUAUAUAUGAGUGUGAAUAGCCUAAAAAAGAAAAAGUUUAAACAAAUGAAGGAACUAUAUUAGAAGCAAAAGAUUUAUCAAUAACUAACGAUCACUAUUGACUUAAGUACCUAAUCUCAAUAUCUUUCCUUCUUCCUUCCCUCAUCUCAUACUUCCUAUUUCCCUCCUUGCCAACUUUGCAGUUUUAAAGUAUUUCUUGUAAUUUUAACCAGAAGAAAACGUAGUUUCAAAAAUAGUAUUUGAAAAUUUAGACAAUUUUUUAACGUAUUAAUACAUUUCCAUACCGAAAAAAGCAUACAAUUUGUUGUUUUCUUUAAAUAACGCAAAUCAUUAACUCGAACAUUCGGUCGUUUCUCUUUCUUUUAUCGCUAAAAUGUUAGCCAGAUAGAUGUAUUUUUGAGUAUAAUUCCAUUGAAAUAAAUGAGAUAAAAAACAUUGUUGUUUUUCCCCUUUUAUCGAAGAAAAUACUUAUUUUAUGAACUUUUGAAUCUUGUUUUCGUGUUUGUAAACAUGAAAAAA